CUCCUCAAUGGCAACGAGCCAGGGCGAAAUCUCCCAGAAAUCACACACCAUCCACGCACACACGGAUUAAAGUACUCGAAAUGAGCUUGAAGGUUAACAGAAAGCAGUCCCUCGUGGUUAUUGGUGCUUCAGUUGUUGUUGCGAUUGCAGGUUUCCUGGUGUACAAGACAUUCCCUCAUCUUGGUAGCAAACAGGAGGAUGGACAGGCAGAGGAGAAGGCGGAGCAGGCGGAGGAAGAACAGCCUCCACAGUGAUGAACGGGACGAAAAAGGCGUGUGAGCUACAUCUCGCUUGCCCAGGGCAGACUAUUAUGUAUUUAGGAAACACUAAUUUUAAGCGGAUGCACCAGAGAUGAA